GCUACGAGGGCCAGUGGGAGUCAGACUUGCAGCAUGGCUAUGGCGUAGAGCAGUGGGCAGACGGCUCCCGAUACGAGGGGUGCUAUGCCAGCAAUCUCAAGCAUGGCCAAGGCACAUUUACUUGGGCAGCUGGCUCCUCGUACACUGGAUCCUUCGAGAAGGACGAGAUACAUGGCAUUGGCUCUUACAAGUGGACAGAUGGACGAACCUACACCGGGCAAUGGCAGCACAACUGCUGUCACGGUGUUGGGGACAUGCUUUGGCCAGAUGGCCGUGCAUACCAUGGCUCCUAUGAGUCAGACAAGAAGCACGGAGAGGGCUGCUACAUGUGGCAAGAUGGCCGCCAGUACAGCGGGCAGUGGAAGGAAGGCAAACAGCAUGGAUUUGGCAGAUACCUGAAUGGAGACGGCAAGGCGCGGGAAGGCGUCUGGCAGCGCGGGCAGCGCCUCAAAUGGUUGGGAGGAGAGCGCGAUCCCAGAGAAUCUGAUGGUUUUCUGGAGAAGAAAACGUGA